AGUCACAUCGAGAUGUCCUGCGUGGGGAUGCCCUGCUACGAGGAUGGCUUCCGGUUGGCUGGUCCUGCAUCGGAAUGCUCCCUCAGGAGCAAAGCUCGCAUCGAUGCGCUGUUCGAGGACUCCAGAUCGAUUUAUGGUUCCACUAUGGGAGGGUGGUACGGAGGGGUGUCAACCAUGAAUUCGAACCACCUUGAAGACAUGAGCACAGAGGAGCAGAGGAGAGUGAACAGUGCUGUGCAAGCUCGAAUUGAGGCGAUGUUCGCUUCCGUGGAAGCCGAAAGCGGAACACCUGGGGAAUGUGCCGCUGCAAUUUUACCGGUGAAGUACAUGGGAGCAGCACCAGUGGGUGGCCGCGUGGCCAGCGUUCGAGGUCUUCAAGAGCCUCUUCGUCAACUGCUGGAACGGAUCGAGUACUCGGUGAGAGCGGAGCUCGAGGUUUCCCGACGCGGUUUGACUUUCCGCACAACGGACACUUGCGAGAAAAACAACCCCUUUCGUAGAAUAGCUGUGUGGAGUGCGCUUAGGCUUCGCGCUAAACGAGCCCCGUCUGGUGAUUUGCAUCACGCUUUCUUGCCGUUGGUCGGCGAUCACGAUCAGAGCCAAACAGCUGAAGACAGGCAUGCGGAUCUAUACAGAACAAUGCGUGGUCUGAAGACCAGCUCCGACCAUUAUCCGCCCAUCUUCGCAGUAGUGAUGCGCCGUCCAGGCGCGACCAGACUGCUGGAAUGCCACGCGUUCGCUUGCGAAACCGAAGAAGACGCAGUGGCGGCUGCAGCGACGCUCUACAGGGCUCUCCUCGCGGAUCUGGACGCGAAUCGACGCCGACCGAGGCACGCGAAUGGCGUCGGGUGCGUUAGUCUAGCGUCGGUGGCGUCCAGCGUUCGAGAGCCUAGUCCAUCUAGCAGAAUUAGUGCCAGGACGAACAUCCUGCAGUCGGAAGCGGCUCGAUCAACUCCCACGCAACCAGUAAGACCACCAAGGACCAAGAAGAACUCGGUGUGUAGCUCCGUUACAGAGGAAGAGACUGGGAAACCAGCGGAAUUGUUAAAAGCUCCCAGAAGAAAAAAGAAGAACUCUGACGUCAAGGCAGAGGACAUUCUAGAGGCCAGAGGGAAGAGACGAGAACCCAAUCCCAAGGGUAAAAUGAGUCCAAUGGCACAGAACUUAAAUUCUAUCCCAAAAGAUUUGAACUCGAAGAUAUCUAGGGAAGAAGAACGACAGAACUCGAAGAACAGAAUGCAUAACAGCAUGAAGGAGCUAAGCAUACCGGAAAAGAUUGAGACGGAUCAUUCCAAGAACCAGAUGGACAAGCUCUACGACAUUGAUAUUAAUACUCUCUACGAGAGGGUCUCGAACAGGUACGAAAAGAUUCCCGUCAUGAAGAGGACAGAUAAGAACGACGAUCCAAGGACACAGAGCCCUAUUAAAGAAUCGGAAGACACUAAAGAGACGAUCUACGAAAAGACACACGCCUCGUACGACUUGAAUCCCUCGCAUAAUGAAACGAAGAGGCAAGAGGCUCUCUCUUCAAGACCUGAUGCUGCGAUCUACGACAGAAUCGAGAAACCAGGUUGCAAGAGUGAAGAGAACUCGUUGUACGAGCGUGCUGGUAAACGACAAAGCAGCAAGGAGAGACUCUACGAGGACCACUUCAAAGAUGUAGACAAGAUCUAUACUCUCACCCAAGAAGAGCUUUACACUAGCAACAAGUUGGAUCGGACCAAGAUAAAAAGCUCUCAAGAGAAUAUUUUCUUCGGUAGGUCGAAGGGCAACAACUAUCAGUUGGUUCAAGAGAACUCGGUGUUCGUGGAACGCAGGAAGUCGAGGGACCAAGAGAGAUCGACGUCCGGAAGACGAGUGAGUAGAGUGGUCACCAUGGACAAACCUCUGAAGAAGCAGCUGAGUGACUCUACGUCCAAUUUGAAUCUACCCGAGUAUAGUCAGCCCAGAGUUAGGAAGAGAAGCAGAGCCGGUAGCGAACCACCGGUAAGUCGAUCAGAAGAUGCGAUGAAGAUCCUCCAGGAGAGUAGACUGAAGAGAUCUCAGAGUGAUAUCGACGUGGACAGAGGGGAUCUGAUGACUAGGGUUGAAUUACCCCGCAGAGGAAGCUUCUUAAAUCCUGGGAGUGCCAGGAGACCGAAUAGCCUCAAGGGUGGCACUCCACUGGGAUUCACCGAGUUAUUCGAUGAAUUUAGGAAUCAGGAGGGUUUGACCAGCGUCGACGACAUCCUGGCAGCUAUCAUUGAUCCUGAAGGGAUGUCCUUCAACGACUUGAAACCUCUGUACAAAGAGUUCUUGCUGAAGCUGGCGGCAACGCUGACGCAAGACGAGCUUUAUCAGAGAUCGGCCAGCAUAAUGAGAAGACGUCGAAGACCGCAGCGAAGGCGAUCGAGCCGUCCAUCUUGCCUGCUUGGCAGGGCUAUUAAGAGAUCGGUGUCGAGAUUAAAAGGCGGGCCCACAGAGUUCACUUCCGUGAUCUUCCCAGCGAGAAGGCUGAACGACAGCUUCGGCAGCAGCUCUUCCUGCGACGCGAGGAAUAAUCACAGGAACCGAGUGCUGGCCAACAGAUUGGGGAAAAGGAGGUCUUCCUGGAGGAUGAGCAAGGGUAGGGGUUGCCAUACCACUUCGGAGGACAGUGAUACAUGUAGACGACUAAGUCGAGGUACAGGAGCAGCAGCCAACAGAAGCAGCAGCGGCUAUGUGAGUUGCAGCGAGUGCAGUUAUGAUUCCGAGUCCUGCACCUGCGUCUCAGCGGAUAAGUGUUACUGCUCCCUGUCCAGGAGGAUCCCGGAGCAGCCACGAGUGUCCCCGAACACGGUGGUGUGUUCCUGCGACACGGACAGCUGUUCGGAAAGCAACAAAUGUUACUGUGCGCGACAACCUAUUCGACCAACGAUACUGGAACAGCUAAGACAAAGAGGGAUCGUGCCCUCCGAGAGCACCCUCAGCAGAGCGGGCAGUCCGGAUAGAGUUCGAGCGACUAAAACGAGCAGAAGUCGAACACCAUCUCAAGGUUUGGAUGUACUCAAGAAGCAGUCGUCGUCAAGCUACGGCAGUUCGAAUAACCUCGCCCUGGAUUACGACCUCUUUAAUCCGGGAAGAAAGUCUCAGCAAUCGUCGGACAGUGAGAAGGUGCUGGUCGUUAGUGCCAGAGACACUCAGGGACGUUUGGUAUACGUUGGUGGCACGGAAAGGGAUAAGAAGUGUUUGUCCCAUUGUUCCAGCAGAUCUGGAGCGCAUCACGAAGCACUUUCGAUUAAGAAGAGCGCAGAAAUAGCUGCUAUUUUUGGAGCUGAUUCGAACAGGAUCAGUAGACGAGCUAGUAAUGCAUCUAGUAUCAGGAGUUCCAUCAGUCUGGAGGCUGGUCUAGGAUAUUUACCAUGAUGAUCGAUUUUCCUCUACCUGGAACUUUCUCUGCAUAGGCUGAUAAAAAUAUUUUAGCACUUUUAACAGAACACUAGCUGGCAGUGAGAUGUACAUAUUGUAAGAUACAUCUAAUUACUGAUGGACUUAGAAAUUGUGAUUUAUGCGUGAAAUAAAAUGAGAUACAAAAUUUGGACACUCGGUUACACAUGAUAAUUGACCUUGUAAGAUUAAUUAACGUAAAACGGGAUUGAUAUAGAAUCGAGUGUAUAAUACAUACUGAGUAUACGGGUAUUAAUUGAUAACGGUACUGUUAUCUACAUGCUUCGCAGAAAUGUGUCAGAAGUGUACCAGUCCUUCUGGUAACGGUACCCAUAUUCUCGUUUCUGCGGGACUUGAUCUCAGCAAAAGUGGUUCUGACUCAGCCACGAGCUAAAAUUAACAAUUUACUCGUUUCACCUGAAACACUAUGAAAAAAACAGGAAGUAUUUAUCGCGAUACUUGAGAAAUGUGUGUGCGAAUAUCUUACAAGUACCUGUAUUACCACUUGUAAGCUUUAUUUUAGUACAUAAAGUUUUGACAAUUAUACUAUUAAUUUACAUGCAAAAAUUAAAAAGCUAAUGAUGGCUAAUGUGAUCACUCAUUUUUUUUUAUACAUACGUAUAUACGAU